AUGGGGGAAACAAGUCAAGUUCAGCAUGCUAUUGACUUGUUUCGUUCUACUUUCCCCCAAUUGGAUAAAGAUGUGGCGGAUUAUGUCGAAGGUGUUUUGGUAGAGAAUGCUGCUCACUUUGACACAGAGGCAGAGGUGCAUGAUGCCAUCGGUGGCCUUCUCAAUGAAUUUUCCUGUGGCGCGAAUAAAUCUGAAAUUGACGAACUUUGCAAGGAAAUUUACUCUCUUAUGAAAUCAACUCAAAUCAAAACGGAGGAUGCUACGCUUGACGCUCCCGUUCAUAUGGCUAGUCUGUUGGACACAUUUAGUGAACGGCUUGUGGACAACCAAAGCAUAUGGAUGGUCAAAAGAGAAGCCACUUCUGUGGUUGAUAAGAAAAAGUUGGUGAAAGCUGAAGCUAAAUUACGAGAAAAACAGGAGAAAAAGUCGUCCUCAGCUAAGUUGUCAGGGCUUCCAAGCUCAAGCUCCCUGAAUAGCAUGGAAAAUGGUGAUAAUUUUGCAACAGUCAGUCAACAGUUGGAUCGAAGAGAUAUCAAUGCUUCCGCAGAUGCAAGCGGUCGACACGUUGGUGAUAUUCGAUUGGAAAACUUUGAUAUUGCGUACGGAAGCAGGACGUUGUUGCAGGGUGCCAAUCUAACUGUAUCAUAUGGACGUCGUUAUGGUCUGAUUGGUCGUAACGGUUACGGUAAAACAACGCUCCUUCGUGCACUUGCAAGAGGAGAUUUACGACUUCCAUCUGGUCUUCGAAUUUUACACGUUGAACAAGAAAUGGCUGGUGACUCAACUCCAGCACUGGAGAGUGUUUUGCGUGCAGACACCGAAAGAGCUGCUCUUCUGGCCGAGUUGUCUCAGUUGCAGUCUACCCGUUCAGCGGGGACUAAUCCAGUGACAAAUGGAACUUCUGAGCUUAUUCCUCAGAAUGACACUGCUUCUGGAGACCGACUGUCCCAAGUUUAUUCUAGGUUAACAGCCAUUGAAGCCGACAAAGCCCCUGCCAGAGCAGCAGUCAUUCUCCACGGCUUAGGAUUUGAUUCAGAAAUGCAGCAACGGCCAACAAAACAGUUUUCUGGCGGUUGGAGGAUGCGUUUAUCUUUGGCUCAAGCCUUAUUUUCCAAACCCGAUCUUCUACUCUUGGAUGAACCUACUAACAUGUUAGAUAUGCGAGCUCUGAUUUGGCUGGAAGGUUAUCUUCAGACUUCUUCAAAUAUUCUGAUAAUUGUAUCCCACGACCGUUCGUUUCUCAAUUCGGUGGCCACUGAUAUCAUACAUCUAACUGCUCGACGGUUGGAUAUGUACCGUGGCAACUACGAUGCGUUUGAACAAGCUCGCGGUGAUCGUUUACUCGCUCAGCAACGUGAAUACGAAGCACAAAAGGCAGAACGAGAACAUAUUCAGCAAUUCAUUGACAAGUUCCGCUACAAUGCCAAACGAGCUUCUCUUGUUCAAAGUCGAAUUAAACAGCUCGAACGAUUGCCACCACUCGUUCCACCAGAGAAAGAUCCAACGGUGGUGAUACGGUUUCCCGCGUGUGAUAAACUGUCAUCACCUGUGUUGCAAUUGGACGAGGUCUCUUUCCACUACCUUCCGGACAAACCAGUCUUAUCCAAAGUUGAUCUAAGUAUAUCAUCGGAUUCGCGUAUUUGUGUGGUUGGUGAAAACGGUGCUGGUAAGACAACUCUUCUGCGAAUACUGCUUGGCCAACUGGAACCAACUAGUGGUUUGCGUCAUGCACAUCGAGGCCUACGUCUGGGGUAUUUUUCUCAGCAUCAUGUGGAUCAACUGGAUCUUGGUCUAAAUAGUUUGGAGUUUCUGAUGCGAAAGUUCCCCGGUCAAACGGAACAAGUCUAUCGGUCUCAAUUGGCUGGCUUCAAUAUCACAGACAUGCUCGCCAUGCAGCCGAUCGGUAGUCUGUCCGGUGGACAAAAAUCUAGAGUAGCGUUUGCUGCCAUGUGCAUGUCCAAUCCCAACAUGCUGGUUCUUGAUGAACCGACCAACCACCUGGAUGUGGAAACAAUAGCAGCACUGGCCGAUGCGUUGCUCUCAUUUCAGGGCGGUGUG